AUGACUGGGAAUGUUCCAGGUGGAUCGUUAAAAAAGUCUUUUAAAAGAUUCGUUUCAGAGGAGAAUACUACUGGAAACAACUUUCAUUCAUGCAGAACUACUGCAGCCAAUACUAAUCAACAGUCAUUGAAGCGAAGUGUCUUGCAGUUGAUUCCAUCCAAUUCACAGCAUAAUACUAUAUCCCUGCUAAAUGAUCCAUCAACUAUUAUCAACAAACAGACUCCUAGCCACAUAUCUGACUGUUCCGCCAGAAAUAUAUGCACAGAUGCUACUACACCAUCCAAUGCUCACCGACCUUUAGCAAAGAUUGGUCUUUCUCGGCCCCAUAUGGCAACUCCUCCAUCUGCGCAUCCCCGACUUGAACAAACAUGUCGAACCCCUAGUUGGCCUCCAAGAACUACAGCAUCGGCUGGAUCUGCAUUGUCCGAGUUCAAACAACCAAUGGGGUCUGCUUCAAAACUUGAAUCUAGUCGAACUGGAUUGCAUAAUCCAUUAGAGCCUUGGAUCAGACAGCAAGAUCCGUUCAGUACUCCACAGCAAGGACUGUCCAAGUCAGAGUUUGAAACAGUUUCUUUGUCUUCAAACGAUUCUGUUAUUCACGACGCUACAAUUUUUGAUGGUAAAUCCAUGUCAGUUGGCAGUGCUAGGGAAAUGUCGCCUUGGAUCCAUACUCCAACUAGUAGACUUGCAGAACCUUUUCAACGCAGCCGAUCGCCAUUGGCAGUACACAAUCCUGCACUUUUUCCAAAAAUCCAUUCUUCUGCUGCAAUCAAUCUUUCGACUGCUUCUGUUGCUAUCGAGGAAUCUACUAUUCCUCUUACUCCAAAUACUAAAAAAAAUGACCCAACUUUUCGGCAUCUGGCAUGGUCACCAUCUCUUGAGACUCCAACUCAUAUAUCAUCUACUAAUGCCAAUAUUAUGAGCGAACUGCGUAAAACUAAUGUGUCUGUCAGUUUCAACUCUCCCUCAUAUGAAUUUUCUGGAUCGAAAUCUCGACUGACCGAACCUCCCAAUAUGCUGUUUUUGAAAUCUUCAAAUGAAAGCAAUGAUGGCGACUUACAAGCAACAGCUGCACCAAUCAACACCAUCAUGGAUAAAUCUAAAUCUGUACAGUCCACAUAUAAACUAAUUAAAUCUCCUAGUCGGAACCAGUCUACUGUAAUGGAUGGUCAGUUAUCUACAAUUGAUUUGUUCAUGGAUCGUAUUCAUACACAAGAUUCGCGUGAAUUGGAAACAGAAAGGCCGUUUGAGCAUCAUAGAGCAUUCACACAGCAUCCAUUAGAAAAUCGAAAAUAUUUUCCUAAUAGCACUGAAGAUGCUUUACCCACAUCAAGCCAGUUUAACGCCAAGCUACUGAAAUCAGAUACGCGUAAAUUAUUACUGCAAAAUACCCCAAAAAAUGACCCAGAUUGGCUGAUAUCCAGGAACAGAGCUUCAAACAGACAUCAUACAGCACCUACGCCUGUAGUUGGACGUAGAUAUAGUCGUAUAAAAGAUUAUCACAAACAUUAUGCAGAGUCUAUAAACAGCAACAAUCGUCCACCCAUGACAGAUGCAUGGAUGUUCCACAAAACACCAGUGAUGCGAUCUGAGAAACGUAACCGCACAUUCUUUUCCACAACAAAUGAUAUUCCCGUGUGUGAUCUUUCUAAUGCUUUCGACAAACAGUUUACUGACAAGAGGGUUCAUCAACAGAUGAUAUCUGAAAAUAGUGAACUGGAUGCAAUGAUUGAAACCGAUUCCGACUACCAGGAUUUGGACACGGAAUUUUUAUUUAAUGACCACUUGCACAAGACUACUUGUUUUGAUUUAAACACAGGUGAUGUUGAUUCACGUGCGAGAUUCAAGUCUGUUACGUCGCUCACUCAUACCCAUGAAAAUAUCAUGAUUGCAGAAGACAUAUCUCUAGUUAAGCCAGUAGCACAAAGAUGCUUACAUGUACCAUUGGCUGAUUUUGACGAAAGAAAAAGUAAAAUUCAAUCACCAAGUAUGAAGUGUGCUGUACCAAAAUUACCGCUUUCUGAUUCGAAAGAAACAAUCUUGUCAAUAGAAAAGAGCGUACAACGCAGCAGUACACCAGAACAAGAAUUUUCAUGCUCGUCAUUGCUACAUCCACUUUCACGGGAAGUACCGUCGCCAGAUAUCAUAUCACAGUCUGAUGUUAAUAUACAAGCGGAGCCAUUUUCAUUUUAUCAACAGAACUCGGGGUUUAAACAGUCGCCUUGUCGAUCCAGAUCUACAUUAUUGGCUCAAAAAAAUGAGUUUGAAACAGUUGCAGAGUAUUCUGAAUCACCCAAUGCUGCUGUUUCUUCCUCUGAAAUUUGUGGUGCUCAUACCCCAACUCCAAGUGCUCAAAAUAGACAAUCUUUCAGUAAGCUCGCCGUUUCUCCCGUGGCAUUUACUUUGGAAAAGUCUUCUAGGCAGCUGUGUGAUACCACGACAAGUUCUGAUACAAUACAUUCUACUGAUUUGGAUCCAGCAUUGAGUACUGGUAAUGGAUCUAAAGAUAGUGACCAUAAUACAACUUUAGUAGAUAAGCCGCUUUUAAGCAAUACUUUGGAUACAUCACAAGCUGAAAAUUUGACUUCAACUCAACGUGUUGCUUUACCAUCUUUGCAAAAUCUUUCCUCACCAAUUGCACUGCACUGUUUAAUGGAUAAUUCUGUAUCCAUUUUAGCUGAAUCAGGAGAUACAGUCGAAUCUCAGAGUGAUUCCACCAGGUUUUUAGUAGAUUUCGCAAGUACUAAACCGCUGGAAAUUGAUCAUGAAAUCAAAAAUAGGAUUGAAUGCGAUGCAGCGCCUUUUUUAAACGGAUCCCAUGCUGACCUUACUAGCGAAUCUGAUUCGAUACAAAAUAUUCAAGUGGAUCAUAAUUAUAUGACGGGAGAUACUGUUGCGAAUGAGUGCACCAAAGUGGACACAUUGCAUAGUAACGAUCACCUAAUGUCCACUGUACCAUUUUCAGAAACGGCAUUCACUGAUGUCGAAAUUAGCCAAAUCCCGGUUUCUAGUUUCGAUCAAGAGCACGAUAAAAACGUUUCGAUUGUCACUCAGUGUGCCAAGAGUCAAGUAGAAAACUCCUCCAAUAUACAGCAAGAGAUUAUAACAGAUGAUGGUAAAGACGAGACGGAUGACCAGAUGAAUGCAUCUCAAACUACGUUUACCCAAUUUGAAGAUCUCAUUUCCACUCAGUUACUCAACACGAUUCAAAUUGACAAAAUUGAGAUCCCAGCUUCUUUAGCGAUAGAUGAGCCGCUAUUUAUUAUACCAACUCAACUUAAAUCAUGUUCCUCGGAUUCAGGUGACUCUGUCAGUAUCAGACAUAUCAGUAAUGCCAGCAUAGAUGUGACAGAAAAAGAUAACGCUGAUGCUAUGGAUGAUCAGCUCCUGAGUACACAAAUUCUUGCCAAUAUUCCUCUUAAUACUUAUACGUGUGAUUCGAUUAAAAAUCAGCAUUUGGAUGCAUCCUUUCAAGCAGAUCAGGAUUCAAAGGCUUCAAUUGAUAGUUUUUCCAAGGAUGUCGAUUGGUCAUUGGAUGAAUUUUCGCAGGAUGUGUGUCCAACUCAGGAUAUGAUUCGUGCAGCUGAUCUUGCUAUUCAAGCCCAUGAGUACGAAACUUUACAGCAACACAAGUCAAAAGCAGAUUCUAGUUUCAAUUCUGAUGCACCUUUAACAACGGAGCAAGAUACAUCAAUAGAAGUAAAUGUGAUACCUCAGCCGCAUUCAAGUGAACCACAAAAGUUUGAAAAUUUUGUUACUCAUAGACUGGCAAUUCAAAAUAGCAGCCGCGACUUGGAUCACAUCAAAGAUAUAUCCUCAAAAUAUACUCAGCACGAGCAGAAACUUGAUCAAAACAAAUCUAAUACUAAGAUUGAUUUGAACUCUAGCUAUAAGUUUGCAUCAGGAAAGCAAGCGCAUGUCAGCACAAAAUCUCAAACUAUUGGACAGGCUUUGCUUUUGGAGGAAAGUGGUAUUUCGCAAAAGUGUACAAGACUUUUGAGGGACAAUAUUGAUGUGUCAGUUACGGUGCCUGGAACCAUGCGGCCAUUGAUUUUGCGAGAUGUAGCAAGCCAAUACACUACUAAAGGUUGUGCAUUAAAUGGUAAUCCAAAAAUGGGAAUAUCUAAAGUUGCUGGAGAUCCUAGUGUUACUACUGCGUCUGAAAUCAAGCCUGUUUCCUUUUUACAUGUAUCUGACCAAAACAGCAGUGUUUCUUUUGAAGACGAAAUGCCCAUGACUAUCGAUAGUACGCCAUUUUGCUUUACUGAGCCAAUCCAAUUUGGCUUGUCUACUGAACCAAUUUCAUGUAACGAAUCAGCUCAAUCCAUUUCUGCAACACCGAAAAAUAACUCUCAAAUCAAAAUGGCGGGGUUUACCACUGGAUCGGGUAAACCUUUGGCAAAAUUAUCCAACAAAGCACUUGAACGUGCAAAUCUCAUCAUGGGUUCUGUUAAGCUAAAUUUGUCCGAUACAUUUGAUAAAACUAUGCCCCAUACAUCCAGAUACAUAAAGCCACUAGACUAUACUUCCGACAAAAGCGCUUUUAGAUCCACUUUACCAUUAUCUGAAUCUCAGUUUACGUCAGGGAAAAAACUGGACACAUCACUACAUGAAGUGUUUCAACACACCAGUGAAAUUACGGAUUCUGAAGAUCCAAAUUCUACUACUUUGCAUGUUAAUAACAAUACUUCUAGCCCUUUGUCUGAUAAUCCUAUGUUGAGCGAGACUACUUCCAAAACUGCUUUAAAUUUUAUGGGAUCCCAGUCUGCACCUGGAGAACAAUUAGAUGCGCCAUCAGUCCAAGCCCGUCGCCGAUCAGCGCGAUUGUUUGCAGAUUUGAACAUGACGAAUGACUUGCCACAUAAAGAUAUAACUAGUACUGGCAAUAACUUUUUACACGAUGACGAAGUCAGAUUGCAAACUCCAGAUGACUCGUAUAAAUCAAGUCCGGCACAUAUUAAAAAAACACUGGCGUCAGAAAACAUGUCACAUUGGAGUACGCCGAAACGUCCGGCUUUAGGGAAUAGGCAUACUGUGUCGCUGUCAAGUCUUGGACGCCGUAUCUCUACUCAAGUGCAUCCGUCCCCUAAAAUCGCUGCAACCAAUUCUACAUCAUCGCCAAUGUUAAACAAUCCUUUCAAGAUGCCCAUUAUAAAAACUCCGCUAUCAAGUAAAAUGCUUCAUCCAAAUGUAAAAGCAGUUUCGGCAAAACGGUAUAGUCAUGGUACUACUUUUGAGUCUAGCCAGCUUUCAACUGCUCAAUCAAAACCGCCAUUUGAGCUAUACGAUCUUUCCGUUCACAAUGUUUCACGUCCUUCGCUAAAAUCGUUUUCUAAGCUACAGUGGCCACUAGUUUCGGAUUUGCAACUUAUUGGAGUAUCACAGGAAGUAAUUACCCUCACUCUUAAAUCUGCAUCAAAUUAUACAUUUGACUUUCAAGGACAUUCAGCAGCGCGAUCAAGCAUUAUUGCCGCUGGUGCAAAUCAAAAACUAGCUAAUGAAGCAUGGGUUCAGAAUCACUAUAGUUUAAUUUUAUGGAAACUUGCCAGCCUUGUUCGACGAUUUCCAUUCGAGUAUCGAACCUAUUGGUCGUUUGACACUGUUGUUCAGCAGCUCAAGUAUCGAUAUGAAAUGGAGAUCAACAAAGUUCGAAGUUCGGUAAUCAAACAAAUUACUGAGCAGGAUAAUGUUCCUGGAUGGCAUAUGAUUCUGUGCGUUUCCGAAAUUUUUACUGACGGUUUGAUUGAGUUGACUGAUGGAUGGUACUGUAUUUGUGCCGUGCUUGAUGAUCGCCUUCGGUUUCUUACUUCUCGCGGGUAUAUCAAAGUGGGUCAAAAACUACAUAUUGAUGGUGCACAACUCGAGGGCCCUUUACCCACAACUCCACUUGAAAUGACUGCUGAGACUCGGCUUCGACUUCACGCAAAUGGUGUUCAACGAGCAAAGUGGUAUGAUAAGCUUGGGUAUGCGCUUCCACCUCACAUUACUCGUGGGAUUAAAGGUCUUGUGCAUAAUGGUGGUAGCAUUGGCUGUCUUGAUGUAGUUGUGAUUCGUCAGUACCCGAUUGUAUAUAAGGAGCGAUUGCCAAAUAUGUCGUAUAUCUAUCGAAGUGAGCGAGAAGAGAAUAAGGUCGCCGAUAGCUGGGAGCGUCGUGGGCAAGCCGUGCUUCAAAUGGUGCAACAGGAGUGCUUUAGUGAGUGCGGCAAGGAAUCUGAAAAAUAUGCUCGAGACGAAAAAGAAUUUCAAGACUUGGUGAUGGAUCUUUUUCAGGAGCGACAUCCGGCUCGAAUAGUGGUUCCCAUACUGCAAGUUCUUGUAUGCGAUUAUCCACCAGCUGGUGUGAUGAAGAGCAAUACCCGGACAGCUAUAUUAACCAUUCCAUGCAAAGAGUUUACUGAGUCUUCAAAGUUUAGUGAAGGCAUGCGAGUUAAGGCGUUUAAAGUAGGAUGUACAUCUAGGGACAAAUCUGAUCGGUUGAAACUAUCAAUCACCCAAUUUUCGUCAUUCUACAGUUUACCUAUAGAUCCAGCACGAUUAGCUCAAACGCAUUAUACUCCACGACAAUUGGUGCAAGCAGAUCAGCUCCAUGGAAUUCCUAUAAAUGGGGAGCUUGAUAUGAUUACAGUAGUUUGCCUUCAUAUUGACUGGAAACAGCAGCAUAUUAAUGGCAGUAGCGCCGAUCAUCAGUCGCAACGGACAAAACAUACGUUUUUAUGCUGCGAUACGAGCCAACAUCUGUUUGUGGUGGAUAUGGAGAGCAUAACCAAUUUCAAGUUAAAUGAGGAGUUUGCCGUGGUAUGGAUGAAGAAUCUAGAGAUGGCAGGGUUUGACACCUCGUUACAGAUGAACCGACUGCGGGCAACCAUAUAUUCGGAAUUCAAAUUGACAGGAGCACUCCAGCCAUUUGGACAUCAACCACGAACUGACUUGGUGGCAUGGCGAGACAGAUGUUGGUCUACAUUGUGCCAGAUUCGAGACUCGCAUGCAUCGCUUGGCAUGACUAUUGCUCAGUAA